AUGCGGCCUGCCACCGCCCGAGGUGCCGGCGCCGGCCGUCGCGCCAGUUCUCCCCAGGUUGACCCAGCUAUGGCGGCCCGACUGAAAGACCUCGAGGCUGCACGCAAGGACGACGAGCGCCAGAAGAAGCUGGCGGAGAGAAAGCGUGCUCAGGAGCUGCGGGAGGCAAAGAAAAAGCUCGCACGGGAGUUGCAGGGAGCCCAGCGGAUGCUGACCCGAAGUGAGCAGGAGGUGAACAAGCUGACCGGCCAGUUGAGCCGCACGGAACAGCAGGCAGCGCAGGCUACAGUGAAGAAGAACCGCGAGGGCGAAAAAGCCGAGGAAGGCAUCGGACGCAUCAGGCAGAAGCACGGGAAAGUGGGCAAUGUCUUGCGCGAGAAGAUGGCCAACGUUGGACAAGCCCGUGGACGGUUGGCCCAUGUCCAAUUUGCCAUGGCAAUGCUGGAGCGAGGAGUCAUUGUUGCGGUUGGGGAGGACGGAGCUCCUGUGCAAUCGCCAGACAACACCAUGCUCAACCCGCAGCAGCAGCGUCGCGUUCGGGCAGUGAGACGUUCGUCCGAUGAAGAGGGCAACCCCGAGACAGACGAGACAGGAGAAGGUGAGGAGCAAGAGACAGAGGAAGAUUAUGAUGAUGGGAGUGCAGGUUUGCGUGAGGAGCUUGAGCAAUUGAAGGAAGAGAAUCAGAAGCUUCGAGAACACCUGGCCGAUGCUGACAAAAGAUGCACGACCGCAGUCCAACUGCUGCAGCAGGCACAAGAAGUUCUGGAGACCAGGAUGGAUGACAUGUCGACCAUUGACUUCAAGAUACAUGUGGAGAGGGAGAAGGAAGUCAAGGAAGCUCCCGAUUUCGAGAAUGCCUCCACAAUGCAAGGCAGUCAGGAUGGCAGCACACAGCACUCACCCAUGGCACAGCCAGACGUGGCAGCCCCUGCCCCGGCGCCGACCACGCCCUUCGCAGCAUACCCGAGCCUUUUGGGCCAGGCACCUCCCGGUGUGAAGCGAAUCCCCGUCUACGCCGGCACCUUGUCUCCUCCUCCGAACCGCAUGGUAAGCUGCCCCCUGAAUGUCCGAUACCAGCCUGCGCAGCUGCCUCGACAGGACGCCACAAUGCCGCUGGGUGCGACUCUUCUUGGAUCUCCCAGUGCGGCCUCCCUCAAUCGUGGUGUCGCCAGCAUGACUAUUCCUUCAGCACAGGGAGCCCGGAUGUUCCCAGCUGAGCCUGUGGCUGUUCCUGCCUUCAAGCCAGUGGCGGAACCAAUCUCUGUACCGAUGAGGCGGUGCACGGAUGAGGAAGGUCAGCUGACACCUGAAGCGCAACGCAAGCUCAUGAGACGUUCCGUUGCCUCCGCUGCUGUGGGAGUCGGAAUGGCCGGACUCAGUGUGUCUUUUGGGAGCCAAGGCUUUGUCGGCCUGUCUCGGUGCGAGACACUGCGGCUCUCCAGACCGGUUUUGGGUCAAGGCGCCGAGCAACACACUCGUCAGGAGCAGAGUGGACUGCCUGUUCUCGUCGCUGCUGCUGCAGGUGCGGCAGCUGGCGCUGUGGCCUCUCGCGGGCCACGCCGGGAGACGCGAGGCCUACCUGGCACUCAGCGGAGGGCCUCGCUGCAACCAGUGGAGGUGCAGGAAGACGAGGCCCUGGAGCUGGAAAGAGAGUUGGCAGAGUGGGGCGAGGAUGAUGACUACGAAGAGGAGGUGGAGGAAUUGGAAGGCAGAGACGCGGAGCGGCGAGGCUCCGGUGGCAAAGAGACCAACGAGUCCGACUGGCAGCACUGGGUACCCAACCUGAGCAAAGAGCGCCCGGGCUGCGUCUUGAAAGCGAGGCGGCCGGACAGUGGCAAAUUCAAGGAGGUGAUGCUCGCCUUGAGGCGUGGUGAUGUUCUGACCACCAAAGAGGAAUACGAAGAUGCGCUCAGCCUUCUCUGCAGACGAAGGGAGGGCUGGCGGGAUGCGUCUAUCAUCUUGGCCUGCAUGUGGCACAACGGCUUCAUGCCAGACCAUAGACACUAUGCUUUGGUCAUGAGCGCCCUGUCGCAGACGAGGCGCUAUGAGAAAACAGUGAGGCUGUUCGAGGAGAUGGCGGAGCACUACAUCCCCUUGAGCCCUCAGUGCUAUUAUCUCGGCAUCGAGGCAUAUAGCAAGAAGGAAGAGGUGGACGGUGCCUUGCAGCUCUUCAAGGACAUGCAGUCCGACGGCUAUGAGCCAACGCUGGAGAUCUAUGCGACCCUGAUGUACGAAUUGGGGAAGGCUGGAACAUGGAUCAAAUCGCUGGAGCUCUUUGAGGACAUGCUCGCGCGCAGUAUCCUGCCGACGAGACAGAUCUUCAACCUGCUGGUCUUGGCUUACGGCUCCGGCGGCGAGUUUGAACGUGUUCUGGAGACAAUCGAUCAAAUGAUCAAGGCUGGUCUGCAGCCGAACCUGACGACGUUCCUGUGGGGAAUGCAAGCCGCAGAGCGUGCCGGCGAAAUGGACAAGGGUUUGUACCUUUAUCAGAGGAUGAAGGAUCGGGGCCUCAAGAGUCACCCCAAGGUGGACCAGGCUCUCAUGCGCAUUGCCAUGGCAGGGAACGAUCCCGAUCGAGCGCUCCAGUUCUUUGAAGCCGCCAUCCAGCGCAGGCGCAGCUACGAUAAGAAUGCUGUUGAUGGGCCCAUCUACGAAGAGAAGGGCAUCUACAAGCAAGCCUUGCGCGCAUGCCAGCUUGCAGCGGCCUCCGGUACAACGCCAGGCUUCGGAAUCAGCUCUUACGAGGACUACGCCUUGCAGCUGCUCUUGGAUCUGCAGAAAGCCAAAAUCAAGGUGGAUCCGAGUAUGUAUCUGCACGCGAUUUCUACUUGUGAGUACAAGAAGAGCUGGACCAGAGUCAUCAGCUUAUUGCAGGAAAUGUCAGGGAGAGGAUUCCGAGUGCAGGGCGAAAGGCUCCGAUCGGCCUACUGGAAUGCGAUCCUGGCCGCAGAUGAAUCUCAUGAUCCUGACAAGGCAUGGGACCUUUUCGAGCAGAUGAAGCUCAACAGAGUGACUGUGGAGCCAUUCAUGUACGAACACAUGGUGCUUCUGCUUGAGAGAAAUGGUCAGCCCCAUCCUUGGAUCCAUGCUUCGCGAGUUUGCGGCGGCAAGGGAGCUUCGGAGAUUGCUGGUGCCGCGAUCCUGGCACCCUUGACGACCGACGCCAAUGACGGCAAGGCAGAGAUCGUCGAGAAUGUCACCAGGCGGACCAUUGAGUGGCGCGAGAGCGAGGUCACCUCCGCCCGCAUCUCCGAGCAUGCCGAGACCGCCCUGGGCGAGGAGCACUUCCGCCUGGGCUUGGGUGCGGCGGCCUCCGGCACCAACAAGGACGUGGUCAUGACCCGUGGGGAGCCACCCCCGAGCCGUCCCUUCUCUGGUUUCGUCUCCAACAAGGCGACGAUCCAGGGCAUGCAGGAGCUGACCUGUGGCGGGUCAUCUCAUGCUGAAGACACCGGCCCCAGCGCCAUGCAGGAGGACCGGGUUAAGGACCAGGAGUUCCUGGUCUUCCAUAUCCAAGCGGCGGAGGCAAUCAAGAUCGCCCGGGCUGCAAACAAGAAGCUCCAGCAGGACGGUGCCCUCCGGAGCAAGAUCCUGGCCGCCAACUCGAUCCAGUUUUGGGGGGGAACCAGCUGA